AUGGCCUCCAUAAGACUCAUGCCGUGCCGUGACUUUGCUCGAGGAAACUGCAAGUGGAAGAAUUGCAAGUAUGCUCAUGUGAGUCCGCAGCAGGGAGCCCAACGUUCUCUAGCAGAUCCGGAUCACGCAAAAGUGUACGCUCCAAGCAGGAACCUUCUAGAGAAGGAAGUGCAAGCUUGGAAAGAAAGUAUCACUCUGGACAAAGCUGCACCUCGCUCUCCAUUGCAAACAAAGUCUGUCAUCAUCCAGAAAGCAAGAAAGCUCCUCGACACCGAUGCUACUUCGCGACAGGAAGUUAUCCAGACACUGGCUAGUGAACAUGGCUUGAAUUUCAUCCUGGAACUUGUUCUGGAUGACUUCCAGGACAUGUCUGUCACGACAAAGGAGAAUAUUUUCAAAGCUCAGAUUCUCCCGCUCAUGCAAACGGUCUCGCAUUCGGAUAUCCUGUCUUCAUCCGCGUUGGAGCAGUCGGUGGGGACAAUUUACAACAUUUUGUUUGGCAUUGAUGGAUCCCGUGCAGCUUGUUUGCUAAACUUCACGUGUGAUGUUCUUGCAAAUUCGCCGAAGAGUCAAGGCACUGCUUUGAUACUGGAGACGUCUCUCCUCACAUUUUCCCGCAUCGUCGACCUCAAUUCCUCGGCCCUCGUUCAAGAAUGUCUCCAUGCCGAAGUCAAAAGAUUUGAGGAUAUUUUCACCUCAAUGAAUACCAACGAGCUGACGGGCACGCUUCAGCAGUCUCGCAAGCACCUUGACCACAUUACCCAACGCAUGAAGAUUGGAAAAGAAAUUCCAACCGGCGAUGGAGAGAAUCAUGCCAGUCACACACUUGAUCCUGGAUUUAUGACUCAACAUGGAACUCCCGGAGGCAGACACGACAACGAUCAUGCCGACAUUUGCGAUAUCAGAAUCAUGCCAAGCCUGGAGGAAAUCUCCUGCCGACAGACUGAGUACUUGCCUGUUGUCAAUCCAUUCCAAUGGCAUGUUGAGGGCCUUGAUGGAUUAUUGGAUCGAAACUUUCGCCUCUUGCGAGAGGACACUGUCGGCCAGCUGCGAGACGCCAUUCACCAUGAACUAGACCAGUCUCACCUGGUUGAUCCCUCACGAAAGCAGCUACGAAAGUUUGUUUACCAUGAUCUUCGGGUUAUCGAUCUCGGCUUUCACUGGAUUUCAGGCUUUCAUUUCGAAGUCGAAUUCCCGCAGCCUGCUGGAGUUGAAAACCGAACACCCAUGGCCCGAGAGAUGUGGUGGAAGACAUCCAAGCGUCUGAGCCCAGGUGCCCUGGUCUGCAUGCUCGUCAAACAGACCCAGAAGGAAGACCUUGUACUGUUUUGCAUUGUCGCAAAUCGGAUCUUGUCAUCCAGGAAACGACAAGAAGAUGGAACUCCAAUGUUCAAGACAGACCCGACAUCAUUAUGGAAGAACCCCCAAAGCGCUUGGGUCACCCUGAUGUUGGUUGAUCCUAGCCCAAGCAAUCUUCAAAUCGUUCUUGAUAUGAAAUGCCCCGAGAGAACCGUCAUUUCACUGGUAGAAUUCCCAGGUGUUCUUCUUGCAGCUUUCGCGCCUGCACUCAAAGCACUUCAGUCCAUGAAGCGCGAUAAGUUCCUCCCAUUCUCGGAGCUUUUCAUCCCUUGGGAUACCAAAAAUGGAGGACUCCCUGUGAGUCGCCCUCCGAGAUAUGCUAUGACUCCUGGAUUUGAAUUUAAUCUCCGCUGUAUCAUGAAAAAUGACGUCGAUUUCUAUGUCCACCAUAAUCGACCAACUGAUUUCGAAUAUCUUGAAAAGAAUUCAAGCCUGGACGGGGCGCAGUCUCGUGCUCUCAUCAAUUGCCUGGGGAGACAGCUUGGUUUAAUCCAAGGUCCACCUGGCACUGGCAAGAGCUAUACCGGUGUAGCUCUGAUCAAAGUCUUGUUGGCCAACCGAAACAGUAGCACAGGAACAGGUCCCAUACUGUGCGUCACAUACACCAAUCAUGCACUUGAUCAACUCCUCGAGGCUUUGCUGGAGAAUAAGGUGACAACUCAAAUUGUUCGCAUUGGUGCUCGGUCCAAAUCGGAUAGGUUGGAAAAAUUCAACCUUCAAUUGAUCUCCAGAGAGGCAACAAAGACCAAGAUAGAGAGAAGAGAAAGAUGGCGCACGAGUGAGAUACUCUCUGGGUGUGAAGAUGACUUCCGAGCCUUGCGUGUCAAAACAACUCCCCCGACGUACCAUUUCAAGAAGUACCUUCAAACUCAUCACCGUCGCCAACACAACGAGCUGUUUGGGAUCGAGGAAGAUGGUUUCUGGAAACAAGUCAAGUCCACACCUGAGGCCGUUCUUGACUCCUGGAUUCAGUCUGCAGCAAAAGAAGACACUCGCUCUCGAACUAUGAAUGAAUUGCUAGAAGCCAAGGUCUUUGAGAUGUCUGGAGAGGAGCGCCAGCGCCUUUACGACCAUUGGGCCACAGGAGUUCGCCAACACUUCGACGCGGAAGCUAUUCGGCUUGUCAAUACCCACAAAGAUGCUAAGACUCAAUUUGAUUGCGUGCAGGAUCAAACGCAUCUGCGCUGUUUGUCUAAUGCAGAUGUCAUCGGUGCAACCACAGCGGGUUUGGCUAGACGGCUUGACAUGUUCCGAAAGCUCCAGUGCCAGUUCAUGAUAUGCGAAGAGGCUGGUGAGGUUCUUGAAUCGCAUCUCAUGACAGCUUUCCUGCCCACUGUUGAGCAUGCGAUCCUUAUUGGAGAUCAACAACAGCUCCGUCCACAGGUCCAGAACUACGAGCUUUCCAGCGAGAACACUCAGGGCGGAAAUCGAUACGCACUCGAUAUCUCUUUGUUCGAAAGACUGGUUAGUCCAAGCCCAGGUCCAAUGAAUUGCGGUCUACCGUACAGCACACUUGAGACUCAACGACGGAUGCAUCCUUCCAUCGCCCGGCUCGUUCGCGAUACUCUUUAUCCGAAGUUGAAGGAUUCACCAUCAGUUGAAAGCUACCCUAAUGUGAUGGGAAUGCAGAAAAGAUUGUUCUGGUGGGAUCAUCGCAAGGCAGAAGAAGGAGCAUCAGGCGAUGUCACGUCAACCUCUCAUUGGAACAAUCAUGAAAUCAAAAUGACCGUUGCACUAGUGAAUCACCUCAUCCAACAAGGCAAAUACGAAAAUGGGGACAUCGCAGUACUGACUCCGUACUUGGGUCAGCUUCACCGGCUCCGACAACAACUGGAACAGUCUUUCGCCCUCGCCAUUGGUGAUCGUGACGAGGAAGAUCUCAACAAGGCCGGAUUCGUCAACGACGAAGGCACAGAGAAGACGGUAGUCAAGAUGACUUUACUCCAGACUCUUCGCGUAGCCACUGUGGACAACUUCCAAGGAGAGGAGGCGAAGGUUGUCGUGAUAUCUCUGGUCAGAAGCAACCCAGAAGGCCGAUGUGGAUUCCUCCGGAAUACUAAUCGAAUCAAUGUUCUCUUGUCGAGAGCUCAACACGGGAUGUACAUCAUCGGCAAUUCUCAGACCUCAAUUCACAUUCCCAUGUGGGCCAAGGUCAUUGAUAUUCUACGACAAGGCAAUAACAUUGGACCGACCUUGGAAUUGAAUUGUCCUCGACACCCACAUUCAAUGAUCAAAGUCUCAAGUCCGGAUGAUUUCCCCAAAUCCUCGCCCGAAGGAGGUUGCAACCUACGCUGUGUUAAGCGUUUGGCUUGCGGACAUGCCUGUAUCCAAAAAUGCCAUUCGGAACUUCUUCAUAAUGCCGUCCUUGCCGGAGCAACCUGCCCUGUGGACAUGCAUGCAAGCGCGUGUGCCAUCACUGCCUCAAACGUGGACUUUUGCCUACCCAGGCAUUUCAUGACAGAUGCCAGCACCUGUGUGAUCGAAAGCGCUCAACCUGUGCUCAUGGCUGCGACAUGUUGUGCCAUGUCGACAGCCCUUGUCCUCCAUGCCUGGUUCCUUGCGAUGUGCAAUGCGGCCACUCGAAAUGCGGACGCAAAUGCUACGAGCCUUGCACUCCUUGUGCAGAAUCAAAAUGUCUUUCGGAAUGUCCUCACAGCACUUGCUCAAUGCCCUGUGCGGCACCAUGUGAUCACAUACCAUGCUCGAAACGUUGCGAAAAGAAGCUUCCCUGUGGUCAUCAAUGUCCAACGCGACAAUAUCAAGGAUCAUUCAGUCGAUUUCAUACUAGGUCUGGCGUACAGAGAUACCAACCUGGAUGAGAACCCAUGCAUCAUCCCCAAAUGUCGACAUUUCUUGACAAUCGAAAGCAUGGAUGCGCAAAUGGAUAUGGGCAAAUAUUAUGAGCUUGAUACCGAUAACAAGCCCAUCAUGGUCAAAGGAUCGUCGACUCCAUUUUCAAUUGAAGACAUCAAAAGUUGUGCUACCUGCCGUGGACCCUUGAGAAAUAUCGCUCGGUAUGGUCGAUUGAUCCGCCGUGCAAUCCUUGACGAGUCGACGAAGAAGUUGAUUUUGCUGCUCAACCAACAAUAUGUUCCUCUUGCACAGGAGCUUCCCACGCUCAUUGAAAAGAUGCAGAGCCUACCGAGCGAUAAAAUGUCUUCGUGGCCAAGCUCAAUUGCCAUCGUUGGAACACGGAACGAACAAAUCAAGACAAUGCAAGAAAUAAUCAAAGCCACAAAUGAUGGUCGAUGGAAUCAGAUGAUUGACUUGCGAGUUCAGAUCGGCAGAUACCGCAGUCGUGUUGCACCCCAAGAACAGCCCUUUGAAAGGGUCCGUGCCAUGGUUGGGGAUGCUCAGAGACGCAAGAAGACAACGGGCGAGCUGGAUUUUCCUAGCAAUAUUCUUCAGACAAAAGGGUACAUUCAAGCCACGGCGCUGCUACUUCGCCUGGAUAUUGCGUUGUUUGCGGACUUUUCCAAUCUCGUUUUCCAAAAGGGUGCAAACGAUGUCAAACUUCAGGUUGACCUACAGAAGAUCAAGGCCGAUUGCGGGCUCCUUACUCGUGUAGCUCAUGAACACGACCGAGUUCCGCAGCAGGUCGAAGGCUUCCUUUAUCUAGCACAACUUUGCGGCCUCGAACGAGCACAUAUCCCAUCGAAUGGGGAAAUCAAUCGCAAUCGAUGCUUGCUGGAGGGCCUAUUGUUCAUCAACGAAGCCAGGAAGCGUUGCAUGACAUACCCCGGUCAAACACGAGGAUUGCCUGAUGAGGUGGAUUGCGCGGAGACCCUGCUGAGAGGAACAGCGUUCUGGUCGAUCAUCACUAGUAAGGAACGCAUGGAAGUCAUUUCAGCAAUGGCCCAGGAGUUCCAGGGCACUGGACACUGGUACUACUGCCGCAAUGGACAUCCAUUCACUAUUGGAGAGUGUGGGGGAGCCGUGGAGAUGACCGCCUGUCCCGAUUGCGGCGCUCCGGUAGGAGGAGAAAACCACCAGACUGCAGCAGGAGUUACUUUGGCGGAGGAUCUGGAGCAGAGAUUGACUGAACUGGGAAUUUGA